CCUCUGCCCUGCCCAGUCACUGUCCACACACAUUUGUAGUUUUGUACCACCCCUCUCUCAUCCAAAGGAGCGCUAGACAAGACAAGCCCCGCACUGUGCUGUGGUGCUCCAUCUAGCUCGCCUUUUCGCCUAGCUUUAGCUUAGCUUCCAAAUCUGCUCCACGGCUCCAGCAGCAGCAGCAGGAGGAGGAAAAUAUCCGUGCGUCUCCGGGAGCCAGAUCAUCCAUGGAGAAGGACGGCCACAAGGAGGGGGAGGGGGCGACGGCGUGGAUGACGGUGCCGGCGUUCGGGGACUGGGACAUGAAGAACGGCGCCAUGCCGGACUACUCCAUGGACUUCUCCAAGAUCCGGGAGAUGCGCAAGCAGAACAAGAAGGAGCUCUCCCGCGCCAGCCUCGGCGGCGACGACGACCUCCUCGCCCACCACAAACAGCAGCAGCAGCAGCAGCAGCCAUCCAAGGCCCCCCAGCCCACCAAGCUCGGCGCUCCGGCUAAAGACCACGGCCCGCUCCACGGCCGCGACGACUCGCCCACCGGAAGGAAGAGGUUCCUGAGCUAUUUCCAGUGCUGUAUCAAGGCCUGAAGACCAACUGCUGCCAGCAUGAAGCAGCUUAGCAAAUUUAGCCUAGGCUUCUUUGGUGUUUGGUCAAGUUUGCAACAAGUGAAUGUGUAAUAUAAUUCGACGUCCCGACGCUAUCUGUUUAGAGAACGAAACGGUUUGUGUGGGAGACAAAUUGCUUGUGAAUGUCAAGGUACAAUCUUGCCUGGUAGUAAUAAUAUUCACACGGAGAAAUGUCAUCUUGUA